GCCUUUCAUCUGUUUUCCAGUCUACUUCAACCACGCCAGUUACGCAGUUCAUUAGAAAACAUCGUAGUUAGCCGUGCACUAUUUUGAUGGUGGUUUGCUGACAACAAAAUGGUUUAUCUUCCCCUUAUUGUUGCUUUUUCAUUGGUUGCGUUUGGAUAUUCACAAGACUUGGAACUUCAGCACACUUCAUCUGACAGCACUACCUUCAAGGGCACAACCGAGUCCAUAAAAUUUGGCACAACUUUAGACCCUCAUCAAUUACAGCAACAAAACCCUGAAAAGAGCGAGUCAAGCAUACAGCGGGCGUUGUCGUGGCUAGUUACGCAAAGGGAGAGCAAUUGGGGAUGGAGAAAUGACACCCCAAAGGUAUUGACGGCCCUCCAACUGGCGCCCCAUGAGGAAAUCGGGCGUCUGAUGCCUGAUCCCUACGAGAUUCAGCUUUCUUUCAAACAAAUGGAAGUGGAGGUCGUUGUAUUGUUGUGGAGGCAUCAUGAAGUACCAAUCACCCCACCAAAGCUAUCACAAUACUGCUUGGCCCUCAAUGCAUUGUGCCACGAUCCGAGACAGUUUCAUGGCCAUGACUUGAUUGGAACUCUUCAACAUCAUGAACCUGUACAUGACAUAGAGUUUGCCUACGCUUCCCUAGCUAGUUGCAGUGCAAGAGCCCACGUCAGAAAGAAGCAGAUUCGACGACUUCUAGAUAUUGCCAAUACUGCCAAAGAUCAUAAUAUAGACACGGUCGCGAUGACAAUCUUAGCCCUGAGGUGUAUAGUUAAAGAUCACAGGCAUAGGAACUUACAACACUCUUUACGGAGGCCCAGUAUCAGUCUAGCUCGUCAACAACAACCUGAUGGCGGUUUUGGAAACUUAUACAAUACAGCACUUACUCUGCAGGCACUGCAAGAUCUCAAUGAAAUAAAUAACCAUUGGAAUAGGACAUCUGCCAAAGCCUAUAUAGAGGCAAGACAAGACCCUGAUGGAGCAUUCACAGAUCCAAAUUUAACUGCUGAAGUAGUAUUAGCUCUCUCUGAAAGAGGACUUGGAUACAUCAGGAACUUAGAUUGUGGCAAAUAUGACAGUGACUUGGAUAAUCAAGUUGAAAUAGACGGUCUAACGAAAUCCCUCUCUUCACAUGGAAACGACUCCGAAAUUCGAAAUAUAACGGUAACCUACACCUUAUGGGUUGGUUCCAAUAUUACUGAAAAUUCCACAAUAAGCAUCACUGCGCCAAGGAAUACAUCAUUCUACAACAUUAUGCAGAUGGCUAUGGACAUGGAUCCUCACUUUUCAUUCGAGGCCUCGGAAUGGCCAAAUGGUCACUAUGUACAUACUUUGGCUGGUUAUAAAGAAGAACCUAUGGGCUAUCACUAUUGGCUAUUAUACAGACUUCCUGAAGUACCAGAUCCUUUAACGCCACCGGCGAAUCAAUUAGUUGCACCAGUCGGUGUUGACGACCUUCUGAUCGAGGAGGGUGAUCAUUACCUCUUCUGGUACAAAAAACUGUAGAAAGCACAAAAGCCUGUCGAAGUGACAUUUCCGAAAUUUCAAUAGUUACUUCAUUUCAUGAUAAAAUUUAAUUGAAUUAUGGAGUGUACGCUGAACGAUCAUAAAGAUAUCAUUUUAGUUGUGCUUAUUCUUGUCAUUCGAGUGAUAUUGUAAAAGCUUACUAUUACCUUGGCAAGGCUUGAAAUGUGCUUAUUUUGAAAAAUUCGCCAAAGAAACAAUUUAUUUCGUUUUCUAUUGGUUCCUACUAGUCUUUGUUCAGUCCUUGCAAAGGAAAAUUAUCUAUUAAAGUUAAUAUGAAUAUGAAACAUUAUUAGAUAUAUGGGCAUACACCAUUCUCUAAUAAUUCUUUGAUGAUAUCACUGGAAAUAGGUGAAUUCAUAUGUGUUGAAAGGGCAACCAAUUCGUGAUCAAUACCUUUCAUUUUGAUGUGCCAAUGCACAUAAGAAGUUAUCUAACAUUCAAAAGAUUGGCAUAUAUUUUCAUGGAGUUGUGAUUAUUCCAUCGUUGCGACUUGCGACUGGAAACUUCCAAAAGUGAAAAGUAUUUUUAGAGGAUAAUUAAGUCAUUUUGAUUUAUUGGGUGACAUGAAAAUAUAAGCUUCAAGGCAUCUAUCUAAAAAUUUAAUAAUUUUUUGUCGUGAACAUCUCAUUCAUAUUGAAAAGAGUGUUUUCAAUCAAUAAUGCAUUUUUAUGAGACAAUAUUGUAAGAUUUUUUGUGAAAAAUAUUUCUGUAGGUAGCCUCUUAGGAUAUUAUUAUUUUAUUCAACUGUUAAUUCAAGGCAAAGAUAAUUGUUGAAAGUGAUUAUUUUUAUUAUAUAUUCGGCUUGAAAGUUUGAAUAUUAAAUACUUUAAGUUCU